ACGUUGACGUGGGUAGUUUACUAGACUUGACGGAUUUUUUAUUACUGUUUUGUUGAUUAUUUUCAUUUCGUUGUGCAAUUUUCAUUCUGGAUUCGCGAUGUACAAUAGCAAUAAUACAAGGACACUGGUUCAAUAAAAUUCAUUUGUGUUGUACUGUGACUGUGUUUGUUGAUUUGGGAAUUCAUAAUCGGUAUUUAUUAGCGAAACUGCAACCUUCUGAAAGAAGGCAUCGCAUGUGGCCAGGCGUGGAUCGCCUCCGGCCGCGAUGGCGGGUGGGUGCGCGUGGUCGCGGCGCGUGGCCGCACGCGUGCGCACCAUGCGCAGUUUAGUGCGCGACACGGAACGUGCACUGCGCGACGUUGUUGACAUACUCAGCGUUGAUCUGGACAUAUCUGUAACAGUCCAUGAAAUCGGACACUUGUCAGCCCGUUCCACAGCCUUGGUCAUAUUCGGCACCAGUCCAUCAGCGCGAGCACGUCUACUCCACUGUCUGCUGGGCAGGAAGCUGCUCCCGGAACCGACUCCAAGAGGCUGUCGAUGGCUGCGUAUCCAGUACGGUAGUACGACGCAAGUGCACCUCACGCUCGGCAACUCGGAGUUCGAGUUUGUCGAGGAGUUGGUAUGCAACAAGGGACCGUGGGAGACACUGCCCAUAGAGGAUCUACUCCGCCAGGACCAAACAGACCUGGCCACGAUGCUAGAAGUGGAAUUGAACAAUACAUUCCUGAAAGAUGGCCUCCGAAUCGUCGUGCCUCCCGAUAUCUGCGACCCUGGAUCUUUAAAUCUCGAAACCCUUAAGAAAAUGCACUCCGAAUUAUACUCCAAACGGGAUCUGAUACUCAAAAACUUUAAUCCGGUCUACUUAUAUGCCAUAGACAAAUUAGGGAAGAGUGUGUUCAGUGAAAACUUUGUCUUUGGUUCAAUGGUGACGUCACACAGUGAGGAGGAUUUUUGGAAUAUGUUUAAUUUGUACAGUGGGAACAAUGGUGGUAGUGAUAAGAGUGUUGUGCCUGAUAAGGAGAUGGUUGUGGAGGGGGGCGGGGAUGAUGCCGUGUUCUCGCCUGAGAAUUGCCUGGACCUCCAUCAAAUUAAAGAGAUCAACUCAAACAGCCAGGUCCUCUUCGUUCUCUUCUCUGACAGCAUGGACCUAGAAGAGAUCACAAGAGAUAGAAAUGAAGCGACCGAGUCCACCGAGGAUGCAGUAUACAGUGUUGAGGAUUUGCCAGAGUCGGAUCAAGUACUGCGAGGAGUAUUAAGACAAACACAAGAAUCUCCAGUAAGCAAUAUAUCCAUAGAGAAUAGAAGACUGCUAGAGGAACAAUUAGGUUUUAUGAACGAUUUAUUGGAUCAGUGGGAGUUAUUGUCCAGUCCACCUCAGAAACAUUACGUUAAAAGUCAAAAGUUGAUAAUCGACGACGUAGAACUACUGAGAACGGUAGACACUAAGAGUCUAGCGCCAUGCUUGAACAAUUCGAGACAAAGUGCCGGCGAAACGUUAACGAAGGGCAAAGACGGUGAUAUUGUCGUGAGAAAUAGAACAGUACUGUUGAAUACGGUAUUGAAAUUCGCCACCGAUUGUAUGCUGAGUUACCUGUUGGAAUACAGUACGCGGCUUAGUGAGAUCCAUGUGAAGUUACUACAGCAGUUUAUACUGGCUUCGUUCGACCUGGCCAGAGAGCUACAAGUAGUGCCAAAGAAGAUAAAGUAUGUUGCUACACAGGAGCAGCAGCUGUACGAGACAAUCAACAGCAAGUUCACAGAAGGUGACAAGAAGCAGGAGUUGGUGCAGAUAAUGCAGGACGUGCUGCACGAGAUGGCAUCAGAAAUUAACAGCAUGGACUGGAGUGUGGAUGACCUGCCUUACCAUCAAGAUACGGAAUUCAUGGUGUCAAACUCGACGUUCUAUUCGUCGUACCGUCCGUCCGGUUCCGUCCGGCUCGCGGCUCUGUCGCCCGCGAAACCGGAACAAGCGUCCGACGGCGAGGAGGCGUUGUCGUAUAACUGCUAUAAUUUGGAUGAAUAUGAAAUUAUACAUUCCAACGAUGAGAGCUACAACACUACGGACAGCUUCAGUCAAUUUAGAGCAAAAUCCGAAGACAAAUCGUCGAACGACUCCCAAAUCGGACAGAUCAUGAUAGAGAACGAAUCGGAAAUAUUCUCGCUGUCAAGCGUGAGCUGGACCGGCAACAGCGCGUGCACCAACGCUACGAAUAUAUCUAUAAAGGAGGCCUCCUUGGAUGUCCAGCAGACAGUGUUGUCGAAUCUAAGCCGCAAAAUCAGCCUGAAGCUUGUGAAGUUUGUGGACUGCCUCAGAGAUUCAUACUUUGGAACGUUGCAAAGAUGCCUGGACUCGCUGGAGUCGUCGUGCCGGCAGGAGCUGGGCGGGCGGCCGGCCACCGAGGCGAUGCGGCGGCUGCUGUCGGUGGCGCGGCAGGUGGACCUGCAGCCGUGCGCCUCCUUCUCCCUGCUGCGGACCAUGCUCGAGUCGCUGCGGAGGCUGUUUCACAAGGUGUGGGCUGCGGGCGGCGCGGCGGAGGCGGCGUGCUGCGUGCUCAGUCCGCGCUGGCGCCGCCAGGUGGCGCUGCACACGCUGCACUCGCUGCGUGCACACCGCCUCGCGCGGCUCAUCACCGCGCAGAUAUUGGAAAGACUGACAGUGGCGCACGAGAGGUACCAGUCAGCGCUGUCGACGCUGGAAUUAGCGCUGGAGAGCAGACUGCGGCAUACGGAAGUCAUCAAAUUAGCUAUAAGGAAAAAAUAUGCACCAUCAUUUGCUCGACUCUGUCUCGAGAGUACAUCUAUGCGAGACCUACUUAUGUACGGGAUCCCAGAGCUGGGCAGAGAAAUAGGGCGCGGGCAGUACGGCGUGGUGUACGCGGCCCGCGGCGGCUGGGCGGGGCACGCGCCGGCCGCCGUCAAGUCCGUGCUGCCGGCCGACGAGCGCCACUACCAGGACCUCGCCAUGGAGUUCUUCUACACCAGAAGUAUCCCGCCGCACCCUCGGAUAGUCCGGCUGCUGGGCUCGGUGCUGCAGCGAGGCGGCCCCGCGCCCGCCGUGCUGCUGCUCUCCGAGCGGAAGACGCGCGAUCUUCACACCGCCGUGCGAGCUGGACUCUCGUUUGCAGCCCGCAUGAGAAUCGCCUGUGAUAUUGUCGAAGGUAUCCGUUACCUUCACUCCCUGGGCUUGGUGCACCGGGAUAUCAAAAUGAAGAACGUUUUACUGGAUAACGAGGAUCGUGCCGCGCUGUCAGACCUGGGCUUCUGUGCAGCGGAGGCGCUGAUAUCAGGGUCGCUGGUUGGCACCCCGGUACACAUGGCGCCGGAGCUGCUGGCCGGAGAGUACGACGCCUCCGUCGAUGUUUACGCGUUUGGUAUACUGUUCUGGUACGUGUGUGCAGGCAACAUAAAACUGCCGAUGGCUUUCGAAACGUUUCAAAAUAAGGAACAGCUGUGGAGCAAAGUGAAACGAGGUCUCCGUCCAGAGCGGUUACCACACUUUACGAACGAAUGCUGGGACAUAAUGGAGUCGUGCUGGGCUUCGGAGCCCACCCAGCGGGCGUUACUCGGCGAUGUCCAGCCCAAACUGGAAAGGAUCCUCGCCCGAGCACUACAAGAGGAUCAGACUCCUGUCAGUACCUGUAACAGUGAUGAUCAGUACGACUCUGAUGACAGCUUGAACAUGACUGGUAUAGAACGUGCUAUGAACACUAUACGAUAGGUAAUAAGGUCUAAUUUUAAUCGUAAUACGAAUGUUGCUGUAAUAUACUUAGUGGUACAUAGAAUCAUCCACGUAAAACUGUAUUCCUGUGAGAUUUAAAAAAAAAUUCUCUCUUAGUUGAGAGCGUUCUGAACUUUAGCGCGAAUAAGUGUGGCAACGUCGCAGUUAUCUGUCAAUUUUAAAAAAUAAUUUAAUAAUUGAUUAUUAAAAAAAAAGAUAAAAAAAACCCAAAAAGCUCACUCAAAAGUGGUGUAUUUUUUUACAAUACAGGGGGCAAACGAGCAUGCGGCUCACCUGAUGGUAAGUGACUACCGCCGCCCAUGAUUACCCGCAACACCAACGGCAUUGCAGGUGUGCUGCCGGCCUUUUAAAAAGGAAUAUGCUUUUUUUUAACGUUAUGAAUAAACUGAUUACCUAUUAAUAAACGUAUAACCUAUUAGUUUAAAUAAAAUAAUAAAAUACAAUUAUAACUGCUACCUAAUAAUCUAUUUGAAGUCGGUGCCAAGUCCAAAGAGAAUAAGAACCUAAUAGGUUAAGUCUCUAAAUACGUCAAACUUUUAGAUCUAUUUUAGCUAUUGAAGUGUUCAAAUCGAGUACAGAUAGCUUUAAAAAAAAUUCACCCCUUUGAGGAGUAUUUUUUUAAUUUCUCUAUGGGAUAUAAGUUGAUCUAGCUUAAUGUAGAGCAGGAUGGAUGAUGUCACCGUCUCGUUUUAUCUCUUACGUACAGUGACUUAAACAAGCAGAGUUUUUCCGGUAAAAAGUAUGUUAUAGCAACGUUCAUAUGUGAUAUGAUUUGGAAACUGGAAUUUAUACCCUAUUUUGUAUGAAAUAAAGAUCAAAUUGUCUAUAAUUUUGUAUUAUAGUGAUUAGUGACGUUCUUUGAAUUGUUAUUUUCUAUUAUUAUUUUAUUACUGUUUCUAUGUAUGAUAUGUAUGUAAUGUAUUAUUAAUUAAUAAAUUUUAAACUUUACACAUAAAGAGUUAAGAAUUAAAAUUCAUAGAAAAUGUUGUCACAAAAUCAUAAAUUGUAAAAAUCUUAUGAAUAUUUAUAAAUAUUUUAUUAAUGUAUAUUGUAAAUUGAACUUUAAAACAAAGUUGAAUAAGUUUGAAACUUAUAAUUCAAUGUGCAAAUAUUGUCUCGAAAUAAAAUGUACUUAUUCAAAAUUAUAUUUUUAUAAAUAAUAAUAUAUAUAUUGUUUAUCGUUUUAAACGCUUUUAAAUUAAUUUGUUCUUUAUUAUUGUUUACUGAAAGUCGAAUUUGCUUAAAUGAAAAAAAGCAAUAAUUACUCUAGCCAAAGAAGAUGUUGGGUCGCAUUUGAAAAGAGCCGUAUUUGUAAGGGAAUAAGUAUUAGAAUCCAAUAUCACUGUGAAAUGUUAUUAAAAUGAAAUUAUACAAUUUUAUUUGUUAUAUUUACAAACUAUAUAUAUAUAUAUACACGAUCACAAUAUUUUUUAUACUAAUAAAUGGCUAUUAGCCAAGUUGUAUAUAUAAAAAUAAAUCCAACAUCACGCUACUUUUAGAAUUAACCCCGUCUACCAUCAGACGGGCCGUAUGCUUGUGUGCCACCAUAGUUGUAUAAAAAAUACAUUAUUUUAAUACUUCACAAUAUGGUCCACUGCUGAACAUAAGUCUUUCCCAUAAGGGGAGCUUUGCCAGUAGUUGCCACGCUUGGCAGGCGUGUUGGCAACUGCAGUUAGGCUUUUACAGAUGUUUUAAGAGGGAUACUGCUGUCCAUCCCUCGCUCUCCCUUAGUCACCUCUUACGACACCCACGGGAAAGGAAGGGGUGGUCCAAUCUAUGCCGGGACCACACGGCAGAAUUUUAUCUUUAAUGAAUGAUAAUACAUAACUACACCUUUGCUAUCGGUUGACGCUGACGGGGCACCAGCGAGUGAUAGGUGAAGAUGAAGGCAGGUCAGUUAGUCCAUCGUAGCAGGUUCGACGAUUUGCCAGUGAAUUUACAGGGUACAGAGGUAUACCUAACACCUGUGUCCUCAGGAAUGGCAACGCUUAGAGGGUAUCAUGGGCGAAACAGUAUACUCUGUUAUGUCCAUGGUACUGCUCAUGUGUAUAGGCGACGGUUACAACUUUCCAUCAGGUGGGACGUCAGCCUGUUUGCCAUUCUAAGUUGCAUAUAUAUAUAUAUAUAUAUAUAUAUAUAUAUAUAUAUAUAUAUAUAUAUAUAUAUAUAUAACUUAGAAUGGCAAACUAAUAAUAAAAUAAGAUCAUGUUGUUUGUUUAUUGGUCGAGUGAGUGGCGCAAAUAUUGUCAGAUUUGCUCCCUUGGGUUUGUUUGCGAGUUGGUACACCUUUAGAACUAAGCUUGUUUGUUCUGUUAAUUUUGUCUUGAUCAAAUUAAGACUUUAAUUACAUAUAUAUAUAUGUAUAUGUAUAUAUAUAUAUGUAUAUAUAUAUAUAUAUGUAUAUGUAUAUAUAUAUAUAUAUAUAUAUAUAUAUAUAUAUAUAUAUAUAUGUAUAUAUAUAUAUAUACAUAUAUAUAUAUAUAUAUAUAUAUAUAUAUAUUUUAUCUGUGAUUAAGUGAAACUUGUCUAUGAAUUGUGAUUACUAUAGGUUUUUUUUUUUUUUUAAAUAUAAUUCGAUUGACUUAUAUGUAUUUCUAUUGAGCAUUUAUCAGCUCGGAUCCGAAACCGGUCGGGCAUUCCAGACAGAAGCGUGUAAGUCAAUCCGGUUAUGUUUACAAAUGAAAUAUUAUGUUUAUUUUUACGACUCGUAAUUAUAAGUGUUGCUAAAUUUGGUAUACGUAAUGCAAUCAAAAUUUUUUUAAACAGUAUUCUUUUGUUUCGGAGCUUUAAUCCUUUAUAUGUUUCUUUUAAGACUCCAUUACACUAUUAAUGAUGUGAAAAAAGGGGAACAAAGAACCAACAGGGGUAUUUUUUAAUAAACACGACAUGGGAGUUUUUAAGAAAAUAAUUUUUUUUUACAACACAAGGGGCAAACGAGCAUGCGGCUCACCUGAUGGUAAGUGACUACCGCCGCCCAUGGUCACCCGCAACACCAGCGGCAUUGCAGGUGUGCUGCCGGCCUUUUAAAAUGGAAUAUGCUCUUUUCUUGAAGGUUAUGUUGUCGUAUCGGUUCGAAAAUACUGCUGCUGGAAGUUGAUUCCAAAGAGUGGUUGUGCGUGGGAGAAAGUGCCUUGAAAAACGCAAAGUGGAGGACCGCCACUCGUCCAGAUGGUUGGGAUGAAACUUUAGUUUAUGGCGGGUUGUACCUUGUCGUUGUUAUAUAUGCCUUUUUAAAAGGCCAGCAACGCAUUGGCGAUCUUUUGGGCUUUCUCUGUUUUACAUUAUGGUAGACAUGUUGUAGUUUUUAUCUAUUGUACUAACCUUAUGGUGUCUUCUGCCCUAUAAAAUUGGUUUUAUUUAAAUUGGUUUUUCUUAGCUAAUUUUGUAAGAUUGUCUCUAGUAAAAAUCUGCUGUUUUAAUUAAAUGUGAUUUACUAUAAAAAAAAAAAAAUAAAAUAAAAUUCACAUCUCCCCUCUUAAGGAGAGGAGAUGGUAAACUAACCCCCGUUAGAGACCAGCGGGUCUACCAUGACAUGAAAUUCCGAAAUUUUUAACUCAAUUUCGUGUUUUUGUUUAUACCAAAAUCGGACCAAUAAAUGGAGUUUAACAUUUCGUCCGUCAUACAUCCUAUCAUAAAAGUCCAAAGGAACAAUAUUUUAACAUUUUUAAUAUUUCCAAACGGCAUGUAUUAUGUAAUUUUAACAUCAUAUUUGUGUUUCGUUUGGCUCCGAAAUUUCGGAAAACAUUUCAUGGUAGGUACUUAGGGUCUUAGGGAGAGAAACCUGCGUGCUAUGUGGGAAGUAUCUAAAAGCACCACCUUCUGCAUCUACCCCAUUUUUUCUUUAUUAUAUUUACAUAUAGUUUUAUGUUCUUGAUAGUGUAUGGAGUCUUAAUUUACGCCUCGUCCGAUGCGCACGAGUGCAGAAUAAUGGGUACGUGAUCCUUUAACAAAAUACCUAUAACAUUACGUUUAAAGUUUCCAUACGAUGACACGUUAGUUCCUAAGACAAUAUUUAUAAGUUGCGCCUAACUUCAUUAUUAAACUUGUUUCAACUAUUAAA